CAAUGCGCAAAUAUAGCGCUUCGUUAAACACUUUGGACUCUCUGCUUGGCCUUGAAGACGCUUGUAGAUCUCUAAAUUAUGAGCAAAUAACAAUAGGCUAACAACUAAAACAAUCAAACAUGAGCGCCUCACACUCCUUCAGUAAAGCUGAGCUCGUCACUGCAGUCUCUGUGUCAUUUGGAGCUGCUGCAGUGGGUGUUCUCAUCUACAAAACAUUUUGCAACAAAGACAAAUGUGUGAAGCCAAAGGUGAACCUUGAUCUUCAGAAAGACAACCCCAAAGUGGUGCAUGCAUUUGACAUCGAGGACCUGGGUGACAAAGCCGUAUACUGUAGAUGCUGGAGAUCCAAAAAGUUUCCAUUCUGUGAUGGCGCACAUGCGAAACACAAUCAGGAAACUGGAGACAACGUUGGUCCUCUGAUCAUAAAACGCAAGGAGGCUUAAGGCAUUCCCACCGCUCAUAACAGUCCAUUCUCAAUUAUAGAGAUUAGUGUGUCUUCGCUUUAUAUGUGUGGUCAGGGUUGGUGAUAUUAAAUGUGUUUAUUAUGUUAUCCUGUGUGUGUCAUACGUAUGUGCUUGACUGGUUCCUGUGAUCUGUUCUCAAACCAGAAGUAUAACAUGGGUCUUGGAGCUUUGAUUCAUUUUGAUCUUUGAAUUAAGCAUCUGGGGAUAAUUGUUGAGGUAUACAUAUCUUUUUUCUCCUUUAUCUACUUGAACUUCAUAGGGUGACUGAUGUGUACUGGUUUAUCCAAAUGUUCUGCUGAAUGUGAUGUGAUAUAUGUCUGCUUAAACACUGGUGGAAGUCACUGUAGCUACAAUAGCUGAAAUCUUGUACUCCUUGGAGGAUUGGAAACACAUUAGUGAAGGUUUGAACUGAGUUUUGUGUUGUAAGAUAUAAAUGUGAAAUCUGAAUGAAAACCAAAUGGCCACCUUCUCAUUUGGCUUUGCUUGUAUUGCCUAUUAAACUUCACAUGUGUCCUUAUCUCUCAAUUAUGUAUUUAAAGAUAGUGGCAUUUUCUUCUAAUCAAUAAUUUUGAAACCUAGUCACUAAAUAUGAAAGGUACCUUUUUAUCACAUUUAAAAUCUAAUUUGGUGAUAUGAGACUUAUUUAUUCACAAUAAUUGUACUUUUACCCUCUGUCAUUCAAAAAGGUGUGCUUGUGGAAUAGCUCUAUAUAUUUGUUGAUGUGAGGAAAUGUAUUUCUUUUGCGAGACAGAAAAGCUUACAUGGAGCAAAAUCAGGUUUUUGAGCACCUUUUCUGCUAAAUGAUUGUAUUUCUCUCCCUCUCUCAGAAAAGUACACUGUAUGUAGGGUUUGAUAUUAUAUUAAAUAAACAUUGUCAAACAGAUGA